UGACAUCUGACGUAGGAGGAUUUAUAGGUUUAGUGGAAAUUGCUUUCUCCUGCUCACCAGAUUACAUACUGCUGGUUGAUUUUUUGCAUGAGUAAACAUCCUCUUACUAAUGAACAGACCAAUAAUGUCUUAAAAAAGAAAAAGAACAUCCCUUUUCUUUUCGCAGUUUCUGGAGAGAGCUGUUUGGAUUUGGAAACCCAUGUUGGCUGUCCACAAUAUGAAAUUUGGCAUCUUUAUUUUGUGGUGGGGAUGGGUUUUGGCCACUGAAAGCAGAGUGCAUUGGCCAGGAAGAGACGUACACGAGAUGUCUAAGAAAGGCAGUAGGCCUCAAAGACAGAGACGAGAAGUGCAUGAAGAUGCCAACAAGCAAGGCAGCCCAAUUCUGAAGCGGAGCCCUGACAUCACCAAAUCACCACUGACCAAGUCAGAGCAGCUGCUAAGGAUAGAUGACCACGACUUCAGCAUGCGGCCUGGCUUUGGAGGCCCAGCCAUUCCUGUUGGUGUGGAUGUGCAGGUGGAGAGCUUGGAUAGCAUCUCUGAGGUCGACAUGGACUUCACCAUGACUCUCUACCUGCGGCAUUACUGGAAGGACGAGAGGCUGUCUUUUCCAAGCACCAACAACCUGAGCAUGACAUUUGAUGGCCGGCUGGUAAAGAAGAUUUGGGUCCCUGACAUGUUCUUCGUGCACUCCAAGCGCUCCUUCAUCCAUGACACCACCACCGACAAUGUCAUGCUGCGUGUCCAGCCUGACGGGAAGGUGCUCUACAGCCUCAGGGUUACAGUGACUGCCAUGUGCAACAUGGACUUUAGCAGAUUUCCCCUGGACACACAAACGUGCUCACUUGAAAUUGAAAGCUAUGCCUACACAGAAGAUGAUCUCAUGCUCUACUGGAAAAAAGGCAAUGACUCCUUAAAGACAGACGAGCGGAUUUCACUCUCCCAGUUCCUGAUUCAGGAAUUCCACACCACCACUAAAUUAGCUUUCUACAGCAGCACAGGCUGGUACAAUCGCCUAUACAUUAAUUUCACUUUGCGUCGACACAUCUUCUUUUUCUUGCUCCAAACCUAUUUCCCCGCCACCCUGAUGGUCAUGCUGUCCUGGGUGUCCUUCUGGAUUGACCGCAGAGCUGUGCCCGCCAGAGUUCCCUUAGGCAUCACGACGGUGCUGACCAUGUCCACCAUCAUCACGGGCGUGAACGCCUCCAUGCCGCGUGUGUCCUACAUCAAGGCCGUCGACAUCUACCUCUGGGUCAGCUUCGUGUUCGUGUUCCUCUCGGUGCUGGAGUAUGCGGCCGUCAACUACCUGACCACCGUGCAGGAGCGGAAGGAGCGGAAGCUGCGGGACAAGCUGCCCUGUACCUGUGGGCUCUCUCAGCCCCGUGCAGUGAUGCUUGACGGCAGCUACAGUGACGGUGACGUGAACGACCUGGGUAACUACAUGCCAGAUAAUGGGGAGAAGCCGGACAGGAUGAUGGUACAGUUGACCCUGGCCUCGGAGAGGAGCUCCCCCCAGAGGAAGAGUCAGAGAAGCAGCUAUGUGAGCAUGAGGAUCAACACACAUGCCAUUGAUAAAUACUCCAGGAUCAUUUUUCCAGCAGCAUACAUUUUAUUCAAUUUAAUAUACUGGUCUAUUUUUUCAUAGAUGCUUGUAAUUCAGUAAGUUCCACUUUUUCAUGGUAUGUACUAUAGAAAUAACUUGGUAUGAUGGAAGUAAUUUGAAGUUUUUUUCUAAAAUCAUUUCCACCAAUGUCUUCACUAUCUCUCCUCCAGUUUUCCAAAGCUACGUUAAGACACUUCUUGCACUAAGCAUCUGCUGUAUACACAGUAUUUAUACAAGGUGCUACAGCAAUUUGACACCACACAACUGAUGCUGUUACUCAGAUUUCCCAAAAAAGCUCAGUACCAGUGCUGUGGGCAUACUAGUUCAACCUCUUUUAGAUCCCAGCUGCUUAUUUACAUGAGCGACUUCCUUCAGAUGAGUGUCAUUAUAUUCUUGGAACUAAAAAGAAUUGGGAAGCACCUAAAGUUCAUUUGCAUGGAAACUACAUGCACUGAAUCCCCACUUUAACAGAAAUUCGUGCUUCAGUUUACAGUUUAUUACCUAUUUUAUGCAUCUCUCAUGUUUAACAAAAGGUACAAUAUUCAAUAUAAUUUUUAUUUACAAGCUGAAGUUCACAGGCUUAAUGUCUUCAUGAGAAAACCCCUUCAGAUUGCUGCAACAGCUUCUGAUUUGGUCAAAUUUCUCUGGUAGGAAAACCUUGAAGAUAGGGAUGUAUAUGCAUUCAUUUUUGCUUUGUGAUAGAGAUAAUUAGACUAGAAAACUUGGGUUUGUGUUCUUUUCACAUAAUCCCUCUUCCGUGCGUCUCUAGUUUGAUGCAGGUUCUCAUUCUAAAUACAUGUGGUAUCCUGAGAAAUGGGAAGACACUAAUUUCUUCUGUAUAAACAACACUCAGGAAAAUACAUAAUUUGGGACUGUUUGUAGCUCAUGAGGAAUACGUAGUUUCUUAAAAAGAAAAGAAACAUUACAAUGCAAAAGAAAUGGGAAGACAACACUGGAUGUCUGCAUGUAUAUUCAGCGGAUGCUGGUUUCCUAUGAGCCAGCAAACAGCUAUCAUCUAGUCCAGCAGCUCCUGUGCCAGGCAGAAGGAUGGCCCAGUGGCAACUGCUGUCAGAAGGCUGCAUAUAAAGAGGGUUCUAAUUCAAUGUAUUGUCUUAAAUGUAUUAUAGAGCUCUUUAUGCUGUGUAUCUAUAAACUCUGUAGAUCAGCCCUAAUCAAACUUAUCUAAACAGCAUUGCUCAUAUGAAAACUCACUUUAUUUACUUACUUAUUUGGUGCCAGGGAUUGAACUCAUGACCUCACACUUAUCACGCAAGUGCUUGAGCCACUGAGCAAAAUCCCAAGCCCAAAACUCACUUUAAUAAAGUGAAUUAUACAUACAAGAACAUUUUUAUUUUAAAGUUAAUUUGAUCAAUGCUAAAUAAUAUCAUGCCAUUUUUUUCUGCAUGGCUAUAUUUUAUUCUAAUUUUUUCAAAAACCUCUUUGAGUAAAUCCAAAUGAUAAGGAUUUCUCCAAGAAAGCUCCAUCAAGAGUUUUUUAGUCAAAUUCAAGUUGUAAAUUUAAAGGGAUAUGGAUGAAAUCAUUAAAUGUUACCAUUUGAUAUUUAAAAAUAUUUUCAAAACAUUAUUUUUUCUAUCUUUAUUCUAUGAAACAAAUGCAACCAAACUCUUCAGAGACAUCUUUGCCACUGUAAUUUUGCUUAUCACAAAGGCCACUGAGUCAUGGAGGUUUCUAUAACACACCAUCUGACUUUCACCUACUUUGUUUGGGGUACUCUACCAUUUGAACCAGCAUAUAUCAUGCUUUAUCAGUCUGCUAAAACUGAUAACACAAAGCCACAGCAAAAUACUGCAGAACACUUGGCUUAAACAACAGAACUUUAUUUUUCCACACUUCUGGAGGCUGAAGUUCAAGGUCAAGGGCUGGCAGAUUGGUUACUCCAGUCUCUCUUCCUGGCUCACAAAUAGCUAUCCUCUUGCUUUGUUCCUCUGCACUAUAUAAGGUUUCCUCUUUCCUCUAGGGCCUACCUCAAUAACGUCAUUUAACCUUAAUUACUUUAAGAUUGUAGGUAAUUAUGAUAGAGUUUUCAGAGUGAGAGACUACACCUUCAAGCAUAAAGGUGGGAAAGCACCAAGAUGGCAGUGGUGUUGCUUGAGGUCUCAGGGUACGUUUACAUAGUUAAGUGAGUCUUUCAUUUUUGGGGGAUCACUCUUUGUUGACAAGGAAAAGGGGCUGCACUUCCCUGUGCCAUUUUCAGAGGGAUGUAGGACUUCUUUAGUCCUUAGUUACUUGUUUUCCAUUUAGUUUGAAAGAAGCUUGAUGUUUUUCUAAUUAUUACUUCUUUAAAGGCCCUUUUCCAAACAUGGUCACGCUGAGCAUUAGAUCUUGAACAUAUAAAUCUUGGGGUGGAGGGAGGGGACACAAUUUCAUUCCAUAACAGAUGCCUAUAGAAAUUAUCCAGUGACACAGUACUACAUCUAAUGUUCCUGAUAAAUGUUUGUUCUUUACUAAAACGUAAUCUUAUACAGUAGAUUUUUAAAGCUCGUUUAUACCAAUAGCUCCACUAGUGAGUAUGAAGAAUACAUUAAACUCAUGAAAUUUCCUUGCUUUUUCUAGCAAUUUUCUGGUGACUUUUACAAGCAUCUGAAGCUAACACUGGUUAGGAUAAUCUUCAUGUUCUUUUCUCAAGGGUGUGCUUUGCUGUCAAAGACAUGUAACUGAAAGACAGCUCUGUAAUAUGACUUUGUCAGAACUCAAAUAUAAACCAAAUCUUUUCUGAUGGAUAAUUCUGGAGGAAAUCUCAUCCUAUAUGUGGUCAUCUAUAGUACUUAGCUUUUACUGGGAUAUAUAGAAAGAUCUGGUUAAUAAUAUUUCCGACUGACAGAUACCAUAUGGCCAUAUUGAAAAAUUAAUUUUUAAAGUUAAAAUAUUGUAAAAUAUACUUGAUUAAAACUGUAACAAACAAUGUAACCAGUGCUUGAUAGUUCAGAAGACCCUUCUAGAUUCUCAAGGUCUCAUGCCAUUGUUGUGAUAUAAUGUGGACAUAAUGAUGUGUAGAAAUGUUAGCCAGUAACAAAUUGAAUUUUAUUCAAACCAGAUUUUCAUUAGUGGCAACAUUCUCUUCUUGUGUUAUAUAUUCCUAACCAGUGUCUUCUAGUUUCUUUUUCCAUAAUUCAUAUAGAUGGUGAUGAUAGGCUUUAGAGAGAAUAAAAAAUGAUUUCUAUUAGUAACAAUGAAAACAUUUGUAAACUUAGUUUUACAAAAAGCACUUUCAAGGUAAGUGAAAGCCCCCUAACCCAAUGGCUAUUCAACUUACUACAGGUAACAAAUACUGUACUGUUUUGCAUAAUACAUAAAAACUAGUAUAAGAAAAUAUUUUGACUAAGCAAUAACCUCAUUCAUUCACCCAUCAAGUAAUAAUGAAUACUUAUUAUGUAGCGGGCAAUAUUCUAGGCCAGCACUUUUCAAACUAUUUGUGUUGGAGGGCUAGUUAAUAUUUUUACAUUUUCAAUUGCCAGCUUUCAUCACUGUGACAAAAUACUAACAUCAGUCACCUUUAAGGAAGAAAGUUUGUUUUGGUUCAGGGUUUUAGCCCAUAGUCAACUGACUCUACUGUUUUUAGGCCUGAGGUGAGGCAAACACAUCAUGGAAGGGUGUGGCACAGGAAAACUGUUCACUGUAGCAGCCUGAGAGGAGGGAGAGAGGGAUAAAGAAGCAAAUUUAUGGUUUGUGUUUAGAAGUCUCCCAAAGCCUCAUGUAGUCAUGGGAUGGGUUUCUACAGUUUGUGAUCGAUUCAUGGUCCGUUGCUGGGAGUAUGGGUACACCUGCCCUGGGGCAGGUAGCCUGCCUAUAACAUAAGGAAGGAAAAGAAGCUCGGUCUCUUUUUCCUUCCCUUUCUGCUCUUGUUGCUUUUGCUGCCUUUCACCACCAUGAUCUGUCACUCUUCUAUCAUGCCACCCUGCCUUGGUAUCAACAGAUUUUGAACUGAAACCUCCACAAACCAUAAGCUAAAUAAACUUUUCCCUUUAA